AUCUGCAGCCGGAGGGGUGGAGCCACACACACCGAUAUCCAGAAUCUCGCUUCUUCUCAGAAAUAGAGCAGUAGCUUGGUUAUUAAUGAUUUUUUUGGUACAAUAUUUAGAUUACCAGUAGCUGUGACGGGAAAUUAUACAGAUCGUUGUUGAAGUGAAUCUGCUGUGUUUUCACCGUGGAUCCCUUUUCCAUCAUCGACGGUCCUCUAGUCCCGAGCUCCACUCUCUUUAACGGGAUUCACUCUGACUGUAUAUCAGUAGUGUAUUCCUGCAAAGAACUGAACCGACAGGAAUAUUUUAAUUAAGGAAUAACCUCGGGAAAUCAUGGAAUAAUACGAACACAUAACAUUUAUUCAGGUGUGGUGAGCGAGCGAGAGCGUCAGGAUGCCGCUGGUCAAGCGCAGUAUCGAGCCUCGUCACCUGUGUCACACAGCUCUGCCACACAGCAUCAAGAACGAGCUGGAGUGUGUGACCAACAUCUCUCUGGCCAACGUGAUCCGUCAGCUGAGCAGCCUGAGUAAAUAUGCAGAGGAUUUGUUCGGCGAGCUCUUUAAUGAAGCUCAUUCCUUCUCAUUUCGAGUGAAUUCGCUUCAGGAGAGAGUCGACCGCCUGUCAAUCAGCGUCACUCAGCUUGACCCCAAAGAGGAGGAGUUGUCUCUUCAGGACAUCACCAUGAGAAAGGCCUUCCGCAGCUCCACCAUCCAGGACCAGCAGCUGUUUGAGCGUCAGUCUCUUCCCGUCCCCAUGCAGGAGACAUACGAGCUGUGCGAACAACCUCCGCCGCUGAACAUCCUCACACCCUACAGGGAUGAUGGGAAGGAAGGGCUGAAGUUCUACACCAACCCGUCGUACUUCUUCGAUCUGUGGAGAGAGAAGAUGCUGCAGGACACAGAAGACAAGAGGAAAGAGAGGCGGAAACAGAAGUUGCAGGAUCCCCACAUGUAUGAUCAGGUCUAUAAAUAUCUAGACCUUCCAGUGCAGCAGAAGAACAUCGACCGUCCUCACGAUCCGGAGAAGAUCCCACGAGCGCCUCACGACCGCAGGAAGGAGUGGCAGAAGAUGGCUCUGGGAGCGGAGCUCGCUGAAGAAGAGGACAAACACAGAGAAGCCAACGGAUCGGCAGCGUACCACGAGCACAGGCCAAUGUAUAUUGAUAAUCUGGAUGGGCCGUUCUCUCUGGCCGCGCUGCCGUAUUCUCAGAUGAACGAAUUCCUGAACCGUACGGGAGAGAGAAACUACGGCCGACCGCAUGAACCUCCACCACCACCACCAACCUACCCCCCCGACGCCAAACCAGCCUCCGUUAUCAGCUCCAGCUCAGGUUUCUCGGACAGCAUCACGCAGUCUCCGGCUCGCACGCCUGUCUUCCUCAACUCCAAUGCCCCGCCCCCGGCCCCUCCCCCUUUACCCCCGCCCCCUCCUCCUCUGCCAGCCAGCCUAUCAGGUUCAAGAAUGCGUGGUUCAGCUCCACCUCCGAUCCCUCCCUUACCUUCCCAGCAGCCCCCGGUCAUCCCCCCUCCCCCCGCCCCCCUCCAAAUCGCCCCAGGCGUCUUGCACCCCGCCCCUCCUCCGGUGGCUCCGCCCCUUCACUCCUCCCCCGCCCGUGGACAGCUGGACAAGACAGCCGGAGAUGGAAUGGUUCUCCCGCCGCCUCCCCCUCCUCCUCCUCUGCCCCUCCCAGGAAACAGAAGCUCCUCCCCCUGCACAUCCUCAGGCCCGCCCACCAUGCCUUCCUUCCCGUCAGGAGCAGUUUCGUCGCCGCCCACUCACUCGGGUCACGAGGUCAAGAGGUAUCCAUCCAACCUGCCGCCAAUCAGCGACGCCCGGAGCGUUCUAUUGGAGGCCAUCCGUAAAGGGAUCCAGCUGAGGAAGGUGGAGGAGCAGCGGGAACAAGAGGCCAAACACAAGCGUGUGGGGAACGACGUGGCCACCAUCCUGUCGCGCCGCAUCGCUGUGGAGUACAGCGACUCCGAGGACGAAGACGAGUUCGACGAGGUCGACUGGAUGGAAUGAGAGAGAGACGAACGCCACGGGAUCGAGAGCUAAUCAAAUCUCAGCUAACAUUCUUCCCAAUUACAGUUUUCCCACGAACAGUCUCCGAUCAGUCGCAGUCUAAUUCAGGAAACAUCAGGACUGCACACGACUGGAUUCCAUUUUCCCAGAAUGCUUUGCUUUAAUGUUUUCUAACCACUUGUUGUGCAAUUGAUGAAUGAAAAUAACCAUGUUAGGGUUUUUUUAUCUGUCAUAUUUCUUUAAUUUGAGUUUAUCUCUCUUUAGGAACAUUAAAAGCGCUUGGUUUGUUGUUAUAGAUGAUAUUAUAGUUGAGCGACAGCGACCUCUUCUGGUCACGACAGGAACGUCUCAAUGCGUCAUAUCAGAAAAUACUUUUAUAUCAUCUAAACCCUUUUUCCAUUUCAGAGAUGUGAUGUUUCAUGUCCUUUUGUGCUUGUGAUGGACAGAGUCAAAGGAAAAAAAUGAAGGAAUGUUUUUGGUAACUCGUCAAGGCGACUUAAAAUACACGAGUGAAUCUCUUGUCCAGGUAAUAUUUCACCUCACAAUAAAAAAUUUAAGAAAUUAAAAAUAUAUAAUAAAAAUAAUUUCCCAUUAAGAAAAUGCAUUUUAUUUUUUUGCAUUGUGAUCUUCCAUUUUGUUGUGCAUAUACAUACAUGUGUGUGUGUGUGUGUGUUAUUUGUAUAUUUAUUAAUUUGGAGGAAAAAUACAUUUAUUAUUUCACACAAAUACAUACCAUAUAAUCUAUAAAUGUUAUUAAAAUAUUUUAUAAAUAAUUAUUAAAAUAUUUAACAUUUAUUUUUCCUCCAAAAUAAUACAUAUUUUUUUAGAUAUAAAAAUAAAUUGGGCUUAUUUGUCUUUUUCGCUGACAUUUUUUUUCUGAAUUAUUUCUUUGAUUUAGGGGUGAAAUGUGACGUGUUUUCAUUAAGAUUCAUCCACACCUUCCCAUAAAGGUCAAACAAAAAACUUUGUAAAACAUUGUAGCCUUUUUCUUUCUGAGGUCUAUGAAUUGUAAUUCAUUGCAUUUCUCAAUUUAUUAACAAAAUAAAAUGUUAAUAACUGUUUGCCAAAAGGUGAGACCAGACCUAGUCAUAUUUCAAAGCAGACUUUGUGAGAGAACGCGAGAUGAAAGCAAACGUCUGGUUUCUCUUUCUUAGGCCUUAUGGUUUGUAUAACUGUUGAUGAGUUGAAUGUAUUGUGCUGUUACUACUUUUGCCUGCAUUUCUCCAGCGUUCGCUGUUUCUGUGUUCCAGACGGAAAAAAAGAGAUUCCGGAAGAAAGAUGAAACGUGAUUUAAAAUACUGUAGUGUAACGUAUGUAACUGUUUACUGUAACAGUUUGCUUGAAUUAAUAAAAACUAAUGUUCCAGGU